AUACGCCAGCCUAUAUUUCUGCUGCGCCAUCGAAGGCCAGGACAACGAGCUGAUCACGCUGGAGCUGAUCCACCGAUACGUGGAGCUGCUGGACAAAUACUUCGGCAGUGUGUGUGAGCUUGAUAUCAUCUUCAACUUCGAGAAGGCCUAUUUCAUCCUGGACGAGUUCCUCAUGGGCGGGGAGAUCCAAGACACCUCCAAGAAGAGUGUGCUGAAAGCCAUCGAGCAGGCUGACCUGCUGCAGGAGGAGGAUGAGUCACCCCGCAGUGUGCUGGAGGAGAUGGGGCUGGCGUAGCGAGCCGUUCGCCAGGCCUCCCCUGCUCGCCAUCUGUCCCCGGCCGCGUCGGACGCCGCGGGGGCCACGUCUCCGUCUUCCUCGCCCCGUGGAGCAGCAGCCGGACGUGGGACCAAUUCGCCCUGGAGCCGACGGGGGGGUGAGCCCCAUGAACUGUGUGUAAAUAUAUAGAUAUACACCCCUCGGGGA